GGGCCGUCCCUACUUGCAUCACCUGUUCACGGAAGGCCGGGAUUGGGAUUGGGAUUGGGAUUGGGAUUGUGAUUGCUCUACAAGGUAAUUACGGACAAGAAAUGUAAUCGUAAGGUGCGCCCGAUGUAAAUGUUGCGCGCAAGUGCCAUCGGAUUAAGCUCCGGCCUGACUCCCCUUCUCCUUCCUUUCCUGCCCUCCUUAAGGAGUAGUCCUUGGGGCCCUCUUCCCCGUACCCUCACCAUCCCUGGAACGACCGUUAUCCACCUUCUGUAUUUCCCGAAGCCAAACCGGGGUUGGGUUCAAUCUACCAUCCUUCAAACACUCACAUCGACAAACGACCGAAGAGAACUUGCAGAGCGAAUUUGCGAAGAGAUAUGGCUGCCGCCGGGCAACCUCUGGAGCCCGAUACAUUUGAUUCGGACUCGGCAAUCUCGGAGCUUCGGAAUGGCAGUACCGACUCACCUACUCCGAGUAUGCUGACGGUGCUGGAGGAGAAUGGCAGGACAUACCACGCAAUGAGUUCCGGGAGUGAGUAGUGCCCAUCAGACAACCUCCAAUGCGGUGUCUUUGACUAACG